AUGGGAGUGUGGGCUGGUCAAAGGAUGCCCCCCUCUGCUCUGAGGGCCCCCAGGACUGGGUGUGAAGAGGAAAAUGGUGGCUGUGAGCAUUUCUGUCAGAAUGCAGACACACACUAUUACUGCGAGUGUUCUGAAGGCUUCACACUGGCAGAGGACGGCCAGACCUGCCAGCCGAACCAUUCCUGUGGCACGGCCAACUGUGAGUUUGACUGUGAAGAGACCACUAAGGGAUUCCGCUGCAAAAUGUCCAAAUGGUUACCUGCUGGCACCUGGUGGACGCAACUGCCUCGAUGUUGAUGAGUGUCUGCAGGUGCCCUGCCCUCAUAUCUGUGUAAAUGCUCCUGGGACAUUUGAGUGUCGCUGCAAUGAGGGCUAACGAGCCCUGAUGAGAUGGAGAAUGUGUGGAUGUUGAUGAAUGCAAAGAUUCCAGCAGCUGUGAACACAGAUGUGAGAACACCCCUAGUUCCUUUGCCUGCCACUGCCACCACGGCUUCACUGAGCUGCCCGAUGAAUCAGGCCUUUGCCAGGACAUAAAUGAGUGUGAGACCUCCACAAGCUGCCACCAGAAGUGUCUCAACUAUGUGGGUGGGUUUGAGUGCUAUUGGUGAGGCAGGGUACGAGCUGCAGUCAGACCAGUAUUCCCUGUAUGGCCAUUCCAGAGGGUGAACAUGAGUAUUCAUCCACAGCUACCUCGUCCUACCAAACCACCUCCUGGGUCCCCGAAUUCCCAGACUGGGUUACGACACCACAGCUUUGGAGUGGCUGACAGAGCGGACUAGCCUUGAGAGGCUUCCUACUGACCUGGGCUGGUUUACAGAGGCCCCACAGGAAAAGACAACCUCUAGCCGGUUCCUCACAGGCCGUCGGAUUAAAAAAACCCAAACCCCCUAA